GGUUUGAAUGCCAAAACCCCACAAAUUCAAACGUUGAAGCGGAGACUUGGAAUUCCAAAGCACUGUGGACUCCUCAAUCAUGUUCAUCCACACCCUCCUUUUCACUCAGGUCCUCCUCGUCUUCCUCUUCCUCUUCCUCUUCCCUUUCAAUCCAUCACUCUUUUCUUCACUUCACACCAUUUUCUUCCCCCCUUAAACUCCAUCUUCAUCCCCUUCUUCACUUCCCUCUCAAUCCAAUUCCAUCACUAACCAUUUUGCGACAAUCAAUUUCCCCGAUCACCGCUACAAAUGCUGCGUUUAUGCCCAGCUUUGUAUCCCCUGUUCUCUUUGUUCUUCAUUUCUUGCUUCCCCUUUCUGAAAUCUGAGCUCCCUGCAACUCAACGUGCUACCUUGCUUCAUCUCUCUAAGCUUCUCGGUUCUUGGGAUGUCGACAAGAACCCUAAUCCAUGUUCGUGGAAGGGGGUUGGAUGCAAUUUUGAUAAUUCCUCUGUUACUAACAUUACUCUCUCUGGAUCUUCCCUUUCUUCCGACAACGUUUUGCCUGUUAUUUGCCAGAUUGAUACUCUACAGGCACUCGAUGUCUCACAGAACAGCUUGAAUCAUAUUCCGGAGAAAUUUAUCGAACUUUGCGGAGCGAUUUCUGGGUUGAGAUUGCUGAAUUUCAGCAACAACAGGUUAGUUGGUCCUUUGCCUUCUUUUGUUGGGUUUAAGAGGCUGGAGAUCUUGGAUUUGUCUUUCAAUUUCAUAAGUGGAAACAUUGAUUUGCAGUUGGAUGAACUGAUCAGCCUUAAAUCUUUGAAUCUUAGUUCCAAUAUUUUCAGUGGCUCUCUUCCUACUAAAAUUGGAAGGAACAGGGCCUUAGAACAGCUCCAGCUUUCUAAGAAUCAAUUUCGAGGGACAAUCUCAGAAGAUAUUGUUGGAUAUAUGAACUUGACAUUUAUUGAUCUGAGUUCAAAUUAUCUUUCUGGGUCUCUUCCUCUGCAAAUUGGGAAUCUCUCCAAGUUGAAGUUUCUUCUUCUAUCUGCAAAUAAGUUCAGUGGAGAAAUUCCAGAAAGUGUGUCAAGAAUCAGCUCUCUUGUGAGAUUGGCAGCUCACGAAAAUAGAUUUAUUGGUAAUCUUCCUAUUGGGAUAACAAAUUAUGUCAAGAAUUUAGAUCUUAGCUACAAUAACAUCAGUGGUUCCAUUCCAUUAGGGCUCUUAUCCAAACCACAACUAGAAACUGUGGAUUUGUCUCAUAAUGAAUUAGAAGGGCCUAUUCCUGGAGAUGUAUCUUCCAGUUCUAUCUUGGUUAGGUUGAGACUGGGAAGCAAUAUGUUGAAUGGGACAAUCCCUGCAACAUUUGGAAAGCUUCAGAAAUUGAUGUACUUAGAAUUGGACGAUAAUAAGCUGACCGGUGUGAUACCUAACGAGUUAGGCGCUUGCAAGAUUCUGUUGCUGUUGAAUUUGGCUCGGAAUAAUCUGGAGGGAAGGUUACCAUCACAGUUGGGGAAUCUUCAAGGUCUUCAAGCCUUGAGACUUGAAUCCAAUAACCUGUCUGGAGAACUUCCAUUAGAGAUUAUGCAACUAAGAGAACUGAUGAUUCUAAAUCUUGGUUGGAACUCUCUCAAUGGUUCGAUACCACGUUCUAUAUCGGUCUUAAACAGGCUUGUUAACUUGAAUUUACAGGGUAACUAUUUCGUUGGUGCCAUACCUGAUACGAUUCAUGAGAUGAGUUCAUUGAUGGAACUCCAUCUGGGUGGAAACCAAUUAACUAAUCCAAUUCCAAAAAUGCCAGAGAAGUUGCAGUUUACUUUGAAUCUAAGCAGCAAUCGUUUUGAAGGGCUGAUUCCGAAGUCUUUUGUUGGACUUACUAGCUUGGAAGUGUUGGACCUCUCAAACAACCAGUUUUCUGGUGAGAUUCCUGCGUAUUUGGUUCAAUUGGUAUCAUUGACAGAACUGAGCCUUACUAACAAUCAGCUCUCUGGCGUUAUUCCUCCGUUUAGGACAUGGGUUUUGCUCGACACGAAAGGAAAUCCAAAUCUCAUCCCUUAUACUACUACGCCAAUUGAUACUUCUCCUCCUCUUCGAAAGAAGAGAAAACCGAUCAUUGUGGCAAUUGGCGUUGUGGUUGUAGCUUUGUUUAUUUCUGCUGCAUUCGUAAUUUUUAUUUUCGUCAUGACAAAACGUUAUUAUAAGGGAAAUGUCCAUGAUUCUGAAGGGGAAGUUCCUCCUACUACAAUGGUUAUUCAGGGGAAACUAUUGUCUCUAAAUGUCAUCCACCGCUCAAAUAUCGACUUUUCUGAAGCCAUGGAGGCAGUGUCUGAACCUUCUAACAUUGACAUGAAAACUCGGCUUUGUACGUACUACAAAGUUGUCAUGCCUCGUGGAUCAAGCUAUUAUGUCAAGAAGCUCAAAUGGAAUGACAAAAUAGUUCAGCCGGGAAGUCGGGAUAAGUUUGGGAAGGAAAUGGAGGUCCUUGGGAGACUUAACAAUUCAAAUAUCAUGACUCCUCUAGCUUACGUUUUGACCACUGAGAGUACUUACCUAUUCUUCGAAUAUGCUCCGAAAGGCACCCUUUUUGAUAAUCUACAUGGUAGCUUGGGAAACGUCCUUGAUUGGUCGAGUCGAUACAGCAUAGCUAUAGGAGCAGCUCAGGGUCUCACAUUUCUGCACGGAUGUGCUUCUGGUCCUGUUCUUCUCCUUGAUUUAUCAAGUAAAAACAUUUUUCUCAAGUCUCUCAAGGAGCCUCAAAUAGGUGACAUCGAACUUUGCAAGGUGAUUGAUCCCUCAAAGAGCACCGGAAGCCUUUCAAUGGUUCCUGGUUCUGUUGGCUACAUUCCUCCAGAGUAUGCUUACACAAUGAGGGUAUCACCGGCUGGCAACGUCUACAGUUUUGGAGUGAUUUUACUCGAAUUACUAACGGGAAAGACAGCAAUUAGUGAGGGAGCCGAGUUGGUGAAGACUGUGUUGGGUUACCACUCUAAGCAGAAUCAGAAACGGGAGCUGCAAAUUCUGGACAACAGUAUCAGCAAAACAUCACCCUACGUUCGAAGCCAGAUGGGUGCAGUCCUUGAAGUAGCUAUUUCAUGUGUGUCGCCUUCACCCGAAUCAAGGCCAAAAAUGAAGACUGUCCUGAGAAUGCUCCUUAAUGCAAGAUAAAAUAGACUGCUUCUGCAUACUAUGGAGGACUGGAAAACGGCUGUGAUAAUCUUACCUCUAGCUAUCUAGUGUGGGUUACCUUUUGAGUGUCUACUUUAUGCAAAAUAUAAAGCAAUAGAAUAGAAAUAUGAUGAGUCUUAAUGUUGUAAUAUGUUAGAGUUUGUAUAUUUAUCUAUCAAUAAGUAUGUAUAUGUAUGUAUA